AUGUCGUCAAGAAAGAAAACAUUGCUCAAAGUGAUUAUCCUAGGCGACUCUGGUGUCGGUAAAACCUCACUUAUGCAACAAUUUGUCAAUAACAAAUUCAGUCAGCAAUAUAAAGCAACCAUUGGUGCUGAUUUCCUCACCAAGGAAAUACCUAUUGACAAUAAUAAAUCAGUCACAUUACAGAUAUGGGAUACCGCUGGGCAAGAGAGAUUUCAAAGUCUUGGUGUUGCUUUCUAUAGAGGUGCUGAUUGCUGUGUAUUGUGCUUUGAUGUGACAAAUGAAAAAUCAUUGAAUAACCUCACGAGUUGGAAAGAUGAGUUUCUUGUCCAGCUGAAUGUCUCAAAUCCACAAGAUUUUCCCUUUAUUAUCAUUGGCAACAAGAUUGACGUGGAUGAUUCAAAAAAGAUUCCUAGUUUACAAAAGAAACUUCAUAAUAUCACACAUAAUCAAUUAGGUGGAUUGAAUUACCCAGUGUUUGAAACAAGUGCGAAGGACUCCGUCAAUGUUGAAGCAGCAUUUGAGGUUGUAGCCAAGAUGGCAUUACAACAAGAAGAAUUGAAUGCUGCUAACGCUGAUUUAAAUGAUAAUUAUAAUGAUGCAAUCAAUAUUCAUUUAGAGUCAGAAUCCAGCACCUGUGGCUGUUAA